AGCAUCAGAGCCCCACGCACGAAUGUGAAUCACGAAUCACCAUGUGAAUGCAGUGCAAUGUGCCUGCAUCGGUGCCUACGGCAUUUGAUUGCGUCUGAGCUGAUGCCUAUGCUGCUGAGAUCGGCGAAUCGUGAAUGCUGCUGCUCCCUCUGCCGCUGGUUGUUCCUGAUUUGAUGAUCACUUUCCUUCGCCCUUGAAAUUCCUGCUCGACAAUGUAUAAGAAGCGCCCUCCAUUGCAGCGCUCAACCUUACCAUCCUCCUCACCCUUCCACCCACCCACACCAAUCCACAUUCUUCCCCCGACCCUCACCUGAACACGAUGAAGCUCUCCACUUCGCUCCUCUUCCUCUCCGUCCUUGUGGGCUCCGCUCUCACUGCCGCAGCUCCCGCUCCCGCCGAGUACGGCGUUGGCGCUGCCGGCUUCGCAAACGUUGUCAAGGCUCGUCGUCCCUUGAACAUUCUCCUGACCAAUGACGACUCUUGGGCCAGCGCCAACAUUCGCGCGACCUACUACGCUCUCAAGUCUGCUGGUCACAAGGUGCUGCUCGUCGGCCCCGCUAUGAACCAAAGCGGCAAGGGAGGCACAGUCGUUUUCCCCACCUCCAAGACCCUCACCGCUCCUGGCCGCAACAACAGCAUUCCCGUGGGCGCUCCAUUCAGCGGCAAGAACGCAACCGACUCCAACAUUCGCUACUUCGACGGCACCCCUGCUGCCACUGCUCUUUGGGCCCUCGACUUUGACGUUCCUGACGUCUUUGGCAGCCAAGACAAGCUCGACCUGGUUGCCUCGGGCCCCAACGAGGGCAACAACCUCGGCCCCUUCGUCAGCGACCUCAGCGGCACUGUCGGCGCUAGCCGUGUCUCUGUCGGCAGAGGUAUCUCUUCCAUUGCCUUCUCCGCCUCUUCCGCCCCCCGAGACUACACCCUGCUGGACUUGAACAACCCAAAGGACGAAAGCAUCCUGAUUGGAACUCAGACGGCUAACCUCAUCUCCCGCUAUGGCGAUGCUCGUGGCAACAACCGCCUCUUCCCCUUGGGUCUUGGCGGCAAUGUCAACUACUCUCCUCUCAACGCUACCUGCCCCGUUCCUACCUGGGCCGCAACCCGCAUCUCCGGCGGCAACGCUCUGACCGACAAGGUGAUCCUCAAUGGCGCAGGUCUGCCUACUUACCAGAACCUCGUCGCUCCAGGUGUCAACGCCAUCAUCAAUGGCCUGCCUACGCUGCAAGGAGAGACUGCAGCAGUCGCUGCAGGCUGCACCGCCGCCUUCUCCAUCUACAGCCAGGAUUACGAUGCGCCCAUCACUGCUACCGCUCCCCUCGCUCCUGCUGUUGGCCUGACUAUCGCUCAGCUCAACAGGAAGUAGAUUGCCUCUAAUCGCAAUCUCGUUGCCACCAGUCGUUUUUGCUCGCAUUUUCAUAAUCUAGAAUACACCACUUUCAAGAUUGAUGCCUGCAUA